AUGGACGCCCCUAGAUUCCAGCCCAGGGCCACAGCCAUCAAAUCCAAAGCCUGCAUCCUCCCCGUGGUCCUCACCAGUUUCAUCGCCCCCCUCGAUGCCCACUCUCUGUGCCUCAACCUCACUGUCAAAUCUCAGUCCAGACCUGGCCAGCCCUGGUGUCAAGUCCAGGGCUCCGUGGACACAAAGCCUUUCCUCCAGUGUGACAGUGACAGCAACAAUGUCAGACCUUUGGGUUUCCUGGGGGAGGAGGUAAACGACACCAAAGCGUGGACUGAACUGAGCCAGACGCUGGGAGAAGCCGGAAGAGAGCUCAGGAUGGUCCUGCCUGUCAUCAAACUGGACAAAAAGGAGAUGAGGGGUCCUCCCUCCCUGCAGAGCAGGCUGUGUUGUCAGCGUGAAGCCGAGCAAUGCUCUGGUGCAUCCUUGCUCUUCAGCAUCAAUGGAUGGACAGCCCUCCUCCUUGACACCAUGAGCAUAACCUGGACAGUCAUCGAUCCUGGAGCCACAGGCGUCAAGGAGGAGUGGGAGAACAACCAGGAACUGUCAGAUUAUUUCAGGAAGAUCUCAGUGGGAGACUGCAGUUAUUGGCUUAGGGAAUUCCUGGAACACUGGGAGAACAUGCUGCUGCCAGGGCCCACAGAACCACUCACAAAGGCCCCGAAUAACCACCAGCCUGCAUCUAUCCCGUUAAAUAAAUGCAUCCUCCCAUUGAUCUUCAUCUUCAUCAUCUUCAUCUGUCUAAUUGUCAUCAUCGUCAAGAAAUGUAUGAAGAAAUCAGGGACCACGGAAAGCUGGGUCCCCCUCACUGUCCCCUAA